CUUUAAAGCGGAGCGGAGCGGCGAAGGGCGGGGUCGCGGAGGGACUCGGGCGGACGGCAAAGGAGGGCUCGGCGCCACGACGCUAAAACACAUGCACACACGCGUACGCCGGCACGAAGAAGAGUAGGAAACCCGCAGCGAUGGGAGUCAAGCUGUACUACACCACCGUCACGGCCUCCAGGGAGGUGAAGUCCCAGCAGGCGGAAGUGAUGCGAAUCCUUGACAGCAAGAGCAUCCGGUAUGAACUUAUCGACAUCUCCGUGGGGGGAGAGGUUCGAAACGAGAUGAGAGACAAGGCGAACAACCCUACAGCCGUCCCCCCACAGCUCUUCAACGAGGACCAGUACUGCGGGAACUACGAAAUGUUCUCGGAGGCGGUGGAAUCGGAUACGGUGGAGCAGUUUCUGAAAAUGGCAUGAGGGAAAUGAUUCACUUUUCCUCUUUUUGUUUUGUUCCAUCUCACCCCCUUAUCCUAAUAGAGAUCCACUAACCAAUCCCUCUGGUGGCAGUGCCCGCCCUCCUUAAAUGCCACAACAAAUGCCAAAUAUAUAUACUCUGGACUAAUCAAAGACACACAUUCCCAACCUCAUUAUUAACCUCUCAGUCUAACCGCAGUUAAUGUCAUGUUUUUUUAUGUGCUCUGUUCUGUUUUAUGGUGCCGCUGAUUUCUUUUCAGACUUCGCCGUCUGCCAUGGUUGUGUCGCACAUUUGUCUUAGUCCCGUAGGAAUCAACGGGACACCUAAAUGUGUGCUAACUGGGUCAACUAAUUCUGGCAGGGACCACAGUACGGCCGGAGCUUAAAGUUAAUCCAUCGGACCAUAGGUGACGUUCUCGCAGAAUCUUCCGGUUCUCCUCCGGACCAAAUUGCGGACACGACGCCGGGUCAUCAUCGAGUCUUAAAUCAUUUCAUUCCUCCUUUCAGGACCUUCAUACUCCCAUGUUGUCCACCCAUGGCCCUGGUUUCUGUAGUUUGCA